AGCCACCGAUCCCGAACCAGCUGCCGUAGUCGGAGUGGCGACCGGGUGGGGUGUGGAGCGGGCAAAGAGGCACUGGGGGAAGCCGGUCCGGAUCUGUCCCUUCUGACUCCAGCUCCGGAUCCGGAGCGGAGCGCCUGCGCGGUCGCAGUCUCCGCCACCGCCUCCGCCUCCGUCGUCGUCGGGGGAGGGGCCGGCCGGACCCGGGGUCACUGCUGAGGAAUGAGGAGAGGCGGCCGGGCCCCGCGCUCCGCCCCGGCCUAGGGCCUGUCCCCGGGAGCCGCGAGGGUGGAGACUUGAAUUUUGAUCUAUGUCCUACCUACACCCAGCUGCCUGAAAGUACUUGAUGAUCACAUGACCCUGGACAUGGAUGCUGUCCUGUCAGAUUUUGUCCGUUCCACAGGAGCAGAACCAGGGCUGGCCCGAGAUCUCUUGGAAGGACAGAAUUGGGAUGUGAGCGCCGCCCUCAGUGAUUUUGAACAGUUACGUCAAGUUCAUGCUGGGAACCUACCCGCAUCCUUUAGUGAAGGGAGUGGUGGCUCCAAGACCCCAGAAAAAGGUUUUUCUGAGUCUACUCGCCCUCCCCGACCCAUCCUACAGCGGCAGGAUGACAUCGUUCAAGAAAAACGCCUGUCUAGGGGCAUCUCCCACGCCAGCUCCAGCAUUGUUUCCCUGGCCCGGUCCCAUGUCUCCUCCAAUGGUGGGGGUGGGGGGAGCAGUGAGCACCCCCUGGAAAUGCCCAUCUGUGCCUUCCAGCUUCCAGAUCUCACUGUGUACAAUGAAGAUUUCCGCAGUUUCAUAGAGAGAGACCUCAUUGAGCAGUCCAUGCUGGUGGCCCUGGAACAGGCAGGGCGUUUGAACUGGUGGGUGAGUGUGGACCCCACCUGUCAGAGACUGCUUCCUUUGGCAACUACUGGAGAUGGGAACUGCCUCCUGCAUGCUGCCUCUCUUGGAAUGUGGGGCUUCCAUGAUCGGGACUUGAUGCUACGGAAAUCUUUGUAUGGACUGAUGGAGAAGGGAGUGGAGAAAGAGGCAUUGAAAAGGCGCUGGAGGUGGCAGCAAACACAGCAGAAUAAAGAGUCAGGACUGGUGUACACAGAGGAUGAAUGGCAGAAAGAGUGGAAUGAACUGAUCAAGCUUGCAUCAAGUGAACCCCGAAUGCAUCUGGGUACCAAUGGAGCCAACUGUGGUGGGGUGGAGAGUUCUGAGGAGCCUGUAUAUGAAAGCCUAGAAGAGUUCCAUGUCUUUGUCCUUGCUCAUGUGCUUAGGAGGCCCAUAGUUGUCGUGGCAGACACCAUGCUGAGAGACUCUGGAGGUGAAGCAUUUGCCCCUAUUCCCUUUGGGGGAAUCUAUCUGCCCUUGGAGGUCCCAGCCAGCCAGUGUCAUCGCUCCCCUCUGGUGCUUGCCUACGAUCAGGCCCACUUUUCUGCACUUGUGUCCAUGGAGCAGAAGGAGAAUGCUAAGGAACAAGCUGUGAUCCCACUUACAGAUUCAGAGCAUAAGCUGCUGCCCUUGCACUUUGCUGUGGAUCCUGGAAAGGGCUGGGAGUGGGGCAGAGAUGACAAUGACAAUGUCCGAUUGGCCAGUGUAAUUCUGUCCUUAGAGGUCAAAUUGCAUCUGCUACAUAGCUACAUGAAUGUGAAGUGGAUCCCACUGUCUUCUGAUGCACAGGCUCCUCUGGCCCAGCCUGAAUCUCCCACAGCCUCAGCUGGAGAUGAUCCUCGGUCCACUCCCGAGUCUGGGGAGUCAGACAAGGAGUCAGUUGGCAGCAGUUCUACCAGCAAUGAGGGCAGCAAGCGGAAGGAGAAGUCAAAGCGAGAUCGGGAGAAGGACAAGAAGAGAGCAGAUUCCGUGGCUAACAAACUGGGCAGCUUUGGCAAAACCUUGGGCAACAAACUCAAGAAGAACAUGGGAGGCCUGAUGCACAGCAAGGGUUCUAAGCCUGGAGGGGUGGGAACAGGGUCAGGGGCAAGCACUGAGACGCUGGAGAAGAAAAAGAAAAACUCACUGAAGAGCUGGAAGGGUGGCAAGGAGGAGGCAGCUGGGGAUGGGCCUGUAUCUGAGAAGCCCACGUUUGAGUCUGUUGGUAAUGGAGGGAGCAAGUAUAGCCAGGAGGUGAUGCAAAGCCUGAGCAUUAUGAGGAUUGCAAUGCAAGGGGAGGGCAAGUUUAUUUUUGUUGGAACCCUGAAGAUGGGUCACCGUCACCAAUAUCAGGAGGAGAUGAUCCAGCGCUACCUUUCUGAUGCUGAGGAGAGAUUCCUGGCAGAACAGAAGCAGAAGGAGGCAGAGAGGAAGAUCAUAAAUGGAGGAGUAGGGAGUGGGCCUCCUCCAGCCAAAAAGCCAGAGCCAGAUGGUGGGGAGGAGCAGCUGCCUGCCACCCCAGCAGAGUCCAAGGCAGUGGCAUUCUCUGCUGGCUACCCCGCUGGCUACCCUGGAGGCUUUACUAUCCCUCGGCCUUCUGGGGGUGGAGUUCACUGCCAGGAACCCCGGAGGCAAUUGGCAGGGGGUCCGUGUGGGGGAGGCCUACCACCAUAUGCCACCUACCCCAGACAAUGCCCCCCAGGGCGACCCUACCCUCACCAGGACAGCAUCCCUUCUCUGGAGCCAGGCAGUCACUCCAAGGAUGGAGUUCACAGGGGUGCAUUGUUACCACCCCACUUCCGCGUGGCUGAUUCCUAUAGCAAUGGCUACAGAGAGCCCCCUGAGCCAGAUGGAUGGGCUGGAGGUCCCCGGGGACUUCCCCCAACCCAGACCAAAUGUAAACAACCGAACUGCAGCUUCUACGGACAUCCUGAGACAAACAACUUCUGUUCCUGUUGUUACAGGGAAGAACUGAGGAGGAGGGAACGAGAACCGGGUGGGGAGCUGCAGGUGCACAGGUUCUGAAUGGGUGGAACCUUGGUGGGCAAGGGGGCUGAACAAAGAAAGUUAAGCUCAACUAAUUGGCUCAUCAAGACACACAGCCCCCAUGUUGAUGGGGCAGAUGCAGUAAUGUUUGUGGGAACCUGGCUGGAAACUUUUAAGUGUGUGUGCGCUGGAGUGCUGCCAGGCUAGCAAGAGCAGGUCAGGGCUGAACGACGCCUCAAGGGCUGUACUGUUCCUUUGUAGAGCUUGACUUGAUGGGACUUAGGAAGUACAGGGAGGAAAGAUGGUGAUUCUGUCUCAUCACUCCUUGGGUCUCAUCUCAGGACCUAAGGGAAAGCUGUAAGAGAAGGUUUGGUGUGUGGGGUGGGAGGUGGGCAGAAAUCUGGGGAAGGGAUAGGCAAAGGAGGUUCUCAGUCAAUAAAAGAAAACAUAGACCAAAGUUCUUUUAGGUUGGAAAAAAGCACAUGGUGGUGGACUUGGGAGUGUGGAGAGAAACUGGGAAAUUGGACACAUUUGCUAUUGAUUUGAAUUAAGGUAGAAAUUAGGAUUGAUAACUUCCUCCUCCUGAAGGAGCUGGGAAGACAAGGCAAUAAUGUGUGCUCAUGGGUGCUUGUUAGGAGGGAGCGUUUAAAUCUCAGUUUAUUGAAAUGGGAAAGGGAGGAACUGAAAAGGGGAAUCCUUUUCAAACCUCUUUAAGUUUUCUUUCCUUCUAAACAGUCAUCUGUCAUCUGUUCUAGUUUGAGAGGAGAUUGCCGAUUGCUCCCAUUCUUCCUCAUUCUUUUUUGAGGGCUGAGCCAAGUUAAGAAGGUUGUGAUUUUUUACAAAAGAUUUUAAUUUUAUUUUUUAAAAAAGCUCCCUCUGGGAAAGGGAAGAGAGUGAUGAGAAGAGCAGCUGUGUGUGUUGAAUUUUCUCCAAAUGAAUUGGUGCAGAGGUGAUCUCUUUUUUAACUACUUAGCAAUAACCAUACAUUAGGGUUUGAGUAUACCUUGGGAGGGGUGGGAGGAGGACAGAUAAUUAGCCAGACUGUUUCAAACAAAACCAAAAACCUAAAUUAAGCACUACCAUCCUGUGUGGUAACUGGCUGCUUUGU